AUGGAAAAUGGCGAGUUGAACUUAUGGGAUCCUUCAAUUAUCUUGGAGGGUGGCGAUGCUGAGAAGUCACUGAUUUUACACAAUACGGCACAUUCUGGAAAUGUUCGGGGACUACAGUUUAACCCUUUUCAAAACAAUCUGUUGGCGUCAGCCGCAACGAACGGAGAGAUAUUUAUCUGGGACCUAUCCAACCCUGAUAAACCAUAUACACCAGGAACGAGGUCAUUGAAAAUGGAGGAAAUUACUCAUUUAUCUUGGAACAAUCAAGUACAACAUAUUCUAGCGACUUCCUCAAAUACGGGUUAUACCGUAAUAUGGGAUUUGAAGUAUAAACGUGAAGUGGUCAAUUUAUCAUACACAGGUCCUGCAGGUUCCUUAGCAAGUAGUUAUGGCAUGGGCUCUAUGAAUAUUCCAGGGGCUGGUGGUAGGAGGGGUGUUACUGCAAUUGCAUGGAACCCUGAUAUAGCAACUCAAAUAAUAACUGCAUCAGAAGAUGAUAACAACCCAGUAAUCCUUAUGUGGGAUCUUCGUAACGCACAUGCACCAGAAAAGGUUUUGACGGGACAUCAAAAAGGUAUUUUGUCACUUUCUUGGUGUCAAAAAGAUGCAGACCUACUACUUUCAUGUGGAAAAGAUAAUCGGACUCUUUGCUGGAACCCUAGAACUGGUGAAAUAAUAGGAGAGCUACCUCGAAGUUUGAAUUGGGCUUUUGAUGUACAAUGGUGCCCUGGGAACCCAGACCUUUUUGCGUCAGCAUCCUUUGACGGAAAGAUUAGCGUUCAUUCCUUACAAUCUAGUCAUGAUAAUGUAGAACAGAGGGACAUAUCAGACAACAGUGAUCCCUUUGCACCAAUUGCUCCAGCGUUACAACCGUCUCUCUCAUUAAAACAACCUCCUAAAUGGCUUAGAAGGCCAGUGGGAGUAAGUUUCGGCUUUGGUGGUAAACUUGUAUCAUUUUGCAAUAAAGCAUCCACCGACACUACUGCCAAUAAACGUAUUGUGUCAAUAUACAGUGUAAUUUCAGAGCCAGAUGUCGUACGAAGAUCUACUGAAUUAGAAACUGCUGUUGAUGAAAAAUCUCUUGGCAUCUUUUGCGAAAAUCGGGAAAAGCAGGCGAAUAACGAGUUUGAAUCGGAAAAUUGGAAAGUUCUCCAUACGAUAUUUAAUGAUAAUGAAAACGCACGAGAGCAGUUAGUUAAACAUCUCGGAUUCUCAAAAGUAGACAUAAUCUCGCAAAUUUCAACUGCAAUAAAGGCAAUGAAUUUAAAUGAGUCUUCGGAUGUGGAUAAGGUUACUUCUGAAUCGACAGAUUUACAAGAUACAGUGCAACAUGAGGAUGAUACCAGUGCUCCUUCAUCCACAAUUACUAGCGAUAUCACUAAAGAUGAUGAACAAAAUGUUGUAGAUAAACCAUCGGAUAAGUCAGAAAGUGUAGAUGAACUUUUCGUUGGAUCAAAUAUUUCUGGAGAGACGUCCGAUGCAUCCAACUUCUUUAAUUCGGAAGUUAUUCCUGAUGUGUUUCCCGUGCAGAACGACAAUUCGGAUUCUAAUAAACCUUAUAGCCUCGGGGCUUUCAAAAUCUAUCCCGAACAAGAAUCAGAGAUUGACAAAUUGAUCACUAGAUCAAUUGUACUUGGUAAUUUCGAAUCUGCUGUUAACCUAUGUUUAGAUGUAGAUAGGCUGUCAGAUGCAAUUUUAUUAGCGGGUUGUGGUGGUCCUGAACUUUUGCAGCGCACACGAAAAGCCUACUUUGAAAAACGAGUAUCUUCAGUUCCUUAUCUGCGUCUUCUCCAAAGCGUUGUUUCUGGUGACUUAUCCGACAUUGUACUUAACGCGGAUUUGUCCGAAUGGCAGGAAAUCGUAGUUGUUCUUUGUACAUUUGCACGUUCUGAAGAAUUUGGAGGAUUAUGUAACUCUCUGGGUCAGAGAUUAGAACAAGAAUAUAGAAAGUUAGUUGGUUUGUCAUCAACAACUGAAAGUAGAAAGAAAGGCUUGGAAUGUAGGAAAAAUGCUGUUUUAUGUUAUCUUGCCGCUGGGAAUUUGGAAAACGUUAUAAACAUUUGGAUCGCUGAACAAGAGGAAGAAGAAUAUGAGUUUGAACGUGGUAUUCAGAACGGAGAAAAUUUCGCUGGUUCGAGAUACUCUUACAGGGUUAGAACACUUCAGAGUUUAAUCGAGAAAAUAAUUGUAUUCUGUAAAGCUAUUGAUUAUGUCGAUCCAGCAUUAGUGCAAAGUUUGGAUUCGUCAAGCGGAGAAGAUAAUAAGCAAUACAAACUAGCUGCACUUUAUGACAAAUAUACAGAAUAUGCGGAGUUUCUUUCUUCUCAAGGUCAAUUGACUACCGCUCUUAAGUAUUUGAACUUGACACCUUUAGGGUAUAUAACUUCAUCCAAUGGCACUAGUUAUUUAGCGAUAAUUAAAGAACGUAUAUAUCAUUCGGGUAUUGAUGUCGGAGGUACCAAAGAACCGUUGUUCCCAUUCUCGGAGGUUUAUGUAGGUGCAGAUGGAGUAAUUAAUCAGCCCACUAAUAUUAGCGCCGGAGACACUUCAUAUAAUGCACCUCAAAUAGAUCCAAGUGCUUCACAAGUAGUAUAUGACCAAUAUACUUAUAAUAAACAGCCUGUGGUUCCUAAUGUACCGUAUCAACCUCAACCGCCACCUAUACAAAAUGUCCAACAGGGUCAACAACCGAUUUAUAAUCAAUAUGCGCCAUCUCCAUAUCAGAAUUUCCCCGGAUAUAAUCAGUCAUAUCAAGAUAAUACUAGUUUGAUUCCCCAGCCCCUCGUGCCCAACGAAAACUAUCAAAAUGUCAACGCUCCACCUGCAGUCGAAGCUCAACCUGCUUAUAAGAAAGGUUUGUCGAAUUGGAACGAUCCUCCACUAGUGACCCCUGGUCAGACGGGAAAGAGACCCGCUCAGACAAAAGUGAAUAAGCCACUUCCAAUUACAUCUCCUUUCCCAAAUUCAGCGUCUCCGUUACAUAAUGCACCACCACCACCAAAUUUUGCAGCGACUCAAGGACAAAAUGUCAUGAUGCCACCCCCACCAAAUUUUGCAGCGACUCAAGGACAAAAUGUCAUGAUGCCACCUCCACCAAAUUUCGCAGUGGCACAGGGGCAAAACGCCAUUUUACAACCUCCUCCAAAUUUUGCAGCAAACCAGGGACAAAAUGUUGCGUUACCACCCCCCCACAACAUUGCGACAAUUCCACAAAAUUUACCGGGAACUGGUGCCAUAUUACCACCACCACCACAAGCGAAUCGAGCAGGAGCACCACCUGCUUUCUAUCCGCCACCGCCAGCUUUUUCUGGCGUUUCUCCACAACGACCUGUACAGCCUUCUCAAACAUAUAAAGCAGAUCGUUCAACACCCACUCCUCCACCUCAAACUAACGUUGGUUACCAAGCUAGCAGUAUGGAAUACGUUCCUUCGUCGAAUGUUGCAUAUCCUUCGACCAAUAUCAGUUAUUCUGCACCACCGCCACCACCACUUGCUACCCAACAGGCUGGUUUACCAAAUCAACCUGCACCGGUUCUUCAAACCGCUAGGGCACCUACUCCAGCAAAAACGCCCACACCUGUUAAUGACAAACAUCGCAAGUAUUCCAUUUCUCCAGGGGACAGAACACAUAUCCCAGCUUCUCAAAAACCUAUAUACGAUAUAUUAAAUAAUGAAUUGUUGAAAGCUCGACAUAACUCCCCCCCUGCACAAAAAAAAUUGCUAGAUGACACUGAAAAACGGCUCAAUACUCUUUUCGAUGCUUUGAAUAACGAAGAAGUAUCACCUAUUGUGAUUGAGUCGUUGUCAGCUUUAGUUCAUGCUUUGGAGUCGCGUAAUUAUACAGAGGCUCUUAAUAUUCAGAUAAAUUUAAUGACUACUAAGAUGGAAGAGUGUGGAAAAUG